AAAAAAAAAGAGUACAGCUCAGCUCAGCGGGCACGCGCUCUUCUUUAUUGCGGAUCUACUUGCUGCAGUCACGAUCCGACAUGGAGAGCCUGAGAGUCGUGGGCUUCAGCAUACUGCUGUGUGUGGCUUUCUCUGAGACUUUGAAUGUGAAAGAGGAGGUGGUGUUUUUGGGCGAGGAUUAUCAUAUCCUUUUGCCAGCGGGCGGUGUUAACGUGAUCUUCAAGCCCAGGAUUGGUCCAGCAGGCCGGGAGUUGGAGAUGAUGAAGAACGGGGAGGUGGUAAACCCGCGGCUCAAACUGAACCAGGCUCUGAGCCACCUGAUUCUGGAGAACGUUGGAGAAAGCGAUGAGGGACUGUACAUCAUCAAAACUGAGCAAAACCCUGAGGACGUCAAGCAGCUCAAUCUCAUCGUCAGAGAUUGCACAAUGGAGACAAAUGUGAUAUAUGGAAAUCAAUUCCAUAUUUCUCUGGUUGGUAUAUCUACCCCUGUCGGCGUGGGCUUUCGUCCCAGCGCCGUGGAGGCCAAUCAGACGUCUCAUCCGGCGUUAGAACUGCUGACGGCUGAAGGAAAUUUCCAGGAGGGUUACGAGGGCCGACUCAGCAUUAACAAGCAUCACCUCACCCUGAAAGCUGUGACUGGAGCUGAUGAAGGCAGCUACACCAUCACUGAAGCUAAUGGGAAAGUGAGCAAGAAGAUCUGCCUUAAUGUGAAAGAGGCCGAAAGCUUCAUCAGAGUGCCAUAUGGAGGCACAUUUAAACUGAAUCUGCACUUGAACAGUUCCUCUGCCCGUGUGAUCUACUCAACCGUCUUCAACGAAUCAAGCAACCUCAAUUUGGUGAUCAUGGACAGGGGCGAGUUGAACCUGCCUCCUGAGCUCAACCUGGAGGGCCGGUUCUCAGUGGAGGACUCGGUGUGUAUCCUGGAGCAGGUGAAGGCCAGUGACGCGGGACUGUAUCAGGUCAUUGAUCAACAGGGAUUCACCGUGUCCAAAUUUCACUUGCGGGUGGAACCAUACAGGCUGCCUAAUGUCUUUGUGGCAGUGAUUUCUCUGGUAGCUUUGCUGGUGGUGCUGCUACUGGUGUGUUUAGUGUCAUGUUUGGUGAAGGUGCACAAAAGGGCAGCAAAAGCCAAAGCCAUUGAGAAGAUUGCAAAAAAUGCUGGCAAAGAGGAAGGAGAUGCCUUUCGACAGGUAGUGAAGGAGGCUUGCGCCCGUCACAAUGAUGAGGCUCCAGCUCUCUCACAAAAAGAAGAUAUUACAGAGAAAUCACAGAGCACUGAAGUCAGCAUUAAGGGUCUAGAAGUUUCUGCGAAGGACACAAGUAUCCUUGAAAAGAAUCUGGAGACCAGUGACUCAGGAGUAGGCUUCACCACUGCUGGCCUUCCACUGGACAGUGAUACUGAGGGGCCAACAGCACCCAUUGCAGAAAGUGAUUUGUUGAGCUCCUCUGUUGCUUCUGAUGCCAAACCUACCGCCACACAAGAGUCUAAACUCACUGCGUCUUCACCUCCCAAACCAGCAACUACCCCUGAGGUGAAGCUAGCAUCUGAGACACCAGUUUCUGCAGCUCUCAAACCAGCACCAUCUCCUGAACCCAAACUCUCUCUAGCACCAACACAAGAAACAAAAAUGACCAUCUCACCCACUCCUGAGUCGAAACCGAGCUUGAGUCCGUCUCCAGACCCUAAGCCUGCAGUGACACCUGAGGUGAAACCAGCAGUUAGCCCUACUCCUAAAACCACACCAGCCCAAGAGGUCAAACCACCUUCCACUUCUGAAGUCAAACCACCCCCAAGCCCUGAAGCUCCAAAAGCAGUAACACCAAUGUCUGACUCAAAACUAGCCACCACUCCGACUAAACCGGCAGUCUCUCCAGCUUCUGAUCUCACACCAACCAAACCUGAUGCCACACCAUCUGCUGUGAGUCCAUCAGCAACAGCUACUAUUGUGACUCCUGAUACUAAGCCUGCCCUCUCCCCAACUCCAGAGCCCAAACCAGCUCUCUCACCAACUCCUGAUGCAAAACCAACCACCAAUGGUACUCUUGAGUCCACCCCAGAUAUAGGAUCUUCUGAGUUGAGUGUAAUCCCUGCAAAAACUCCAGAGACUGAGAAAAGCUCCAUAAAAGUUCCUGAGAUCAUCUCGACUGGGGGUCCAGCUCCAGAGGCCAAGCAAGAUUCGGCCUCCCACAGCGAUGGCGCUCCUGCCUCAGGAGUGGAGGAAACUUCCACCACCUGAGGUCCAAACCACUGCCUGAUUACUGCUCUCUCCACAUGUCUUUUAACACCGCUGACAAUCGAGAUCUAACAACAAGCAAAAACUCAACAACUUAUUACGAAGGAGGGCAACUUUAGUCUACUAAAUCUCACUCUUAAUGCAUAAUUAACACACACUGUAGAUUUAUCUGAUUAAUUCCUAUUUAAUCACUUUGUAACACAACUCCAUAAACACAGAGACAUACCACUACAGGUAUUCCACUGACUGGUUAACUAACGCAGGCUGAGAAAGGCUGCCUCUUACAUGCAAACAAGAUGUACAGAUGCAACAUCCUUAUAUCUAAAUACGAUUCCACUGCAUGCAAAAGAAUCAAGAGAAUGAAAUAACUUCAGUUAAUCUUCGGUGUAUUUGGAGAUCGUGGUAGUGAACUGGGUGACAGUGACCAUACACCCAACAGAACACUCUUCUUCUUGUUCAUAUCCCAGAGACAUUGGCACCAUACGUUUCUUUUCAAGCAUUAAAAAACAACAUCCACAGC